AGUUAAAGAUAUGCCAAGAGCUGCCUCCCACAAACUUGUUCAACAAACAUGAACCGAGCUCAUGUGUUGUUCCAGUACCCAUGCUGGCCACAGGACAUACCAGCAUGAACAAGACUGAGUCUCUGUCCCUUUAGUUCUUCUGAUUCUCACACACUAAGCUCCAAGCUUAGCAUAACAGGGCUGACAAAUCUGUAACCAAACAUAUAACUCUUGCCCUGCUCCAAUAUUAAGAAGGUGAGAUGCAAAGGGCUUGCUCUUUCUUUCUUAUCUUAUAUAUCUUAUGUUUUCCCCCAGGAUCAAGAGCACAGAAUCUGUUGCAUAGAGGUAUUCAAGGAAGGGUGCUAUCAAACAGAACCAGAGAAGACACAACAUCUGAAAACAGCACCUGCUUUGGCUGCACUUCACUGCCCAUGGCCUAAGGCCAUGAGGAGGCCAAUAAAGGCCAGUGCUCAAGAACACCAACCCAGACCCAAGGUACCCAGCCAUGAAGCUCCUUUUUCCUGUCUUUGCCAGCCUCAUGCUACAAUACCAGGUGAACACAGAAUAUUUUGGCUUGAAAAUGUGUUUAAAGGGUUUUGGGAGAUGCAAGGACCACUGCAAUGUGGAUGAAAAACAGGUGCAGAAAUGCAAGAAGAAAAAAUGUUGUAUUGGACCCAAAGUGGUUCAGUUGAUAAAAAACUACCUGCAACAUGAAAUUCCCCACAUACUUGGUGAAGACACCCAAGAAAUGCUAAACGCUACCAAGAAUUCCAGUGCUGUGAUACAAACAAAACAUAUUUUAUCUGGGGUCCUCCCCAAAAUCAACAACUUCACCCCUUUUGCCAAUAUCAACUCCAUCAUCAUCCCAAAUGCCAUCUCUGUGAACUCUGACACCACCAGCACCAGGACACCAGGACGUAAUACAUACACUGCUACUUCUACCAAGAAGGACACCAAGAAAAGCAAAGAUUCUGCUGUUUUGCCACCACCAGCACCACCUCCCCCAUAAACACUGCCAACACCAUCGCUAGAGCUAGAAGAAGAGAUAAGCAGUGAUGCAGGUCUUUACCUUAAGACAGCGAGUUCUGCCCUGCUUCCACUAUCUAUAAAAUGAGACAUAGAACUGCCUCCUCUGUCAUCCGUCAUUCAAUAAAUACUGUUUA